UAGUAUAGCGCAAAUAUACCGCGAGCAAAAUAUUGUGAACUUCGCAAGCGUUUGAUAUUACUUCAGUUAUCGGGCUCAAUCUGUUUAAUAAAAUAGAUCUCGUUUGUAGUACUUCUACAUCAAAUUAUCGAAAAUGUCGAAGGCUCAUCCACCAGAGUUGAAAAAAUAUAUGGACAAACGAUUGUCGUUGAAGCUGAACGGAGGUCGGGUUGUUUCCGGCAUUUUACGAGGAUUUGAUCCCUUCAUGAAUGUCGUUGUUGACGAAUCGAUCGAAGAAUGCAAAGAUGGCACGAGAAAUAACAUCGGAAUGGUGGUUAUUCGAGGAAACAGCAUCAUUAUGGUAGAGGCAUUGGAUCGAAUAUAGAAUAAUUCGUAGCGAACAUGAUACCAACUAAGUUAUCUUUAGAUCGAGAAACACGUAAUUCGGAAAAAUAAAAUAAACAUUCAGAAACUA